AUGCAGACUGGACAAAGAAAGUCACUUGCUUUGUCCAAGUUUCAGCAGGCAGGGAAGGCCACAAUUGACAAGAUCAAGAAGCAGAAGUCCGAGACAAACAAGCCCAAGCAACAGGGAUUCGACGUGGUUCAGAUUGGCAGUCUGCUUUUUGCUGCGUGGAUAGUGAUUUGGAUAGUUGCAGCCUCGGUGAUAUCGGCGGUUUUCUUCGUUCGCUACAUGGGCAUCAUCCAGGACAAUCAGUCUUGGUAUCUUCGCCACGGCAGUGCGCGUUCUGCAGCAGCGGAGACGGCUGCUGUGCUGCAAGCUGCCAUAGAGGCGAAAGAGGCUUUGAUUGCCUCCAUCAACUUCGGGCUCAUCAGGACCAGCUACGAUUAUGCGGCAAUUGAGAGCACUCUGGCACCUACAAUGCUGCUAAAGCCUUUUCUGCGUUCCUUUGAUAUCACUUUCUCAGACAGGGUGGCAGGGCUUCAUAUCCGCCACCAGUCAGAAGAGGGAGGAAGGCAACUUGUGCUUCAGUCCAAUGCGGAAGACUGCUACCUGCUUGGAACACAGGACUCUCUGUUGAACUGCAGAGCUUUUCUCGAGUUUUCAGAUCUCUGA